GAUCGCGUGCUUGGGUUGUCGUCGUCGUUCGGUGUGAUUUGUGGUGGAUUCGGAGCUGAGCGCGCAUGGCGUGGCAGAGAUUGCUGGCCGCGGCAUCGCGGCCGGGGCUGAGAAGUGCGCGAUCUCUCGCUGCGCGGGGUUUCCAUGCGGUCGGGGCAAGUGCUGCGCCGCGAGCGGCUGAGUCGUGGAGCAGAGUGAACCAUCGAAGUCUGGGAGUGCUCGGCUCUUUCGGGUCUCGAUCGAUUCAUGGGACGGGCGAGAAGCUGCAGGCCGCGCCCAUCCCGCAGGCUGUCGCCCUGUCCAAGCUGACGGACAACUUUCUGGACGGAACCAGCAGUGUGUAUUUGGAAGAGCUGCAGCGAGCAUGGGAGGCCGAUCCCAAGAGCGUGGAUCCAUCAUGGGAUUUGUUUUUCCGAAAUUUCACCGGUGUUGCCGACUCUGCCCCGGGCCUUUCCGGCCAGACGAUUCAGGAAAGUAUGAGGCUUCUGCUUUUGGUCCGUGCAUAUCAGGUCAACGGGCACAUGAAGGCGAAGCUGGAUCCAUUGGGGCUGGACGUCCGGACUCCCCCCGUCGAGCUGGAUCCCGCUCUCUAUGGUUUUACUGAUGCUGACCUCGAUCGCGAGUUUUUCCUCGGAGUUUGGCGCAUGGCUGGGUUUUUGUCGGAGAACCGACCCGUUCAGACUCUGCGAGCGAUUCUGGCCCGUCUAGAGCAGGCAUACUGUGGCACUAUCGGUUAUGAGUACAUGCACAUUCCUGAUCGUGAGAAGUGCAACUGGUUGCGCGAUCAGAUCGAGACGCAAGUUCCCGGUAAGUACGGCUCUACCCGACGAGCGCAGAUAUUGGACCGGCUAGUGUGGGGAACUAAUUUCGAAAGCUUCAUUGCUCAAAAAUGGACUGCUGCAAAGAGGUUUGGUUUAGAAGGGUGUGAGACCUUGAUCCCCGGUAUGAAAGAGCUGAUUGACUACGCUGCCGAUCGGGGAGUGGAAAAUGUUGUCAUUGGAAUGCCUCAUCGUGGACGACUCAAUGUCCUCGGAAAUGUGGUUCGGAAGCCCCUCAGACAGAUUUUCAGCGAGUUCAGUGGAGGUAUCAAGCCUCCGAACGAAGCAGGUGGCUACACUGGUAGCGGUGAUGUCAAGUACCAUCUCGGGACUUCCUACGAUCGUCCGACUAGGAGUGGCAAGCGAAUUCAUCUUUCUUUGGUCGCAAAUCCUAGUCACUUGGAGGCAGUGAGCCCUGUUGUGAUUGGAAAGACUCGUGCAAAGCAGUACUAUUCUAAUGACAAGGACAGAGGCAAGAACAUGGCCGUGCUGCUCCACGGAGAUGGUAGUUUUUCAGGACAAGGUGUUGUGUACGAGACUCUCCAUCUCAGUGAUCUUCCGAAUUACACCACCGGAGGUACAAUCCACCUUGUAGUGAACAACCAGGUUGCCUUCACCACCGACCCCAAGUCAAGUCGAUCAUCACCGUACUGCACAGAUGUGGCCAAGGCUCUGAAUGCACCCAUUUUCCAUGUCAACGGAGAUGAUGUAGAGGCUGUGGUACACGCAUGCGAGCUGGCAGCGGAGUGGCGCUGCAAAUUCAAGUCCGAUGUUGUUGUAGAUAUUGUGUGUUACCGAAGGUUUGGACACAAUGAGAUUGACGAGCCUUCAUUCACUCAACCAAAGAUGUAUCAGGUCAUCAGGAGCCACCCUACCUCACUGGAAAUCUAUGAGAAAAAGCUCGUUGAAUCUGGGCAGCUGACUCAAGAAGAAAUCAAAUCCAUUGAAAACAGAGUGUUCGAAAUUCUCAAUGAUGAAUUCAACAACAGCAAAGACUAUGUGCCCCGCACCCGAGAUUGGUUGGCAGCUUACUGGGCAGGUUUCAAGGGUCCCGAGCAACUUUCACGAAUUAGAAAUACAGGAGUCAAGCCUGAGAUUUUGAAAAGUGUUGGCAAGUCUCUAAGCACCAUACCUCCCGAUUUCUCACCACAUAGGGCAAUAAAAAGGAUCUAUGAGCAGCGGGCACAGAUGAUAGAAACAGGGCAAGGUGUUGACUGGGCUACAGCAGAAGCACUGGCCUUUGCUACUCUGCUUGUGGAAGGAAACCACGUCAGAUUGAGUGGUCAGGAUGUUGAGCGUGGAACCUUCAGUCACCGUCAUUCAGUUCUACACGAUCAACAAACUGGAGCUAAAUACUGCCCUCUUGACCAUGUCAUGAUGGAUCAAGAAGACGAGAUGUUCACUGUUAGCAACAGUUCUCUUUCGGAAUUCGGAGUGCUUGGGUUCGAGUUGGGUUAUUCCAUGGAGAAUCCAAAUUCUUUGGUGCUAUGGGAGGCCCAGUUUGGAGAUUUUGCCAACGGUGCCCAAGUGAUCUUUGAUCAGUUUCUGAGCAGUGGAGAGGCUAAGUGGUUGCGUCAGGCCGGUCUGGUGUGUCUGCUUCCCCAUGGGUAUGACGGACAGGGACCCGAGCACUCAAGCGCCCGAUUGGAGCGUUACCUUCAGAUGAGCGAUGAUAAUCCUUAUGUCAUUCCAGAAAUGGACCCAAGUUUGCGCAAGCAAAUUCAAGAAGUGAACUGGCAGGUCGUGAAUGUUACUACUCCAGCUAAUUACUUCCAUGUUCUUCGAAGACAGAUCCAUAGGGAUUUCCGAAAGCCUUUGAUUGUGAUGUCACCGAAGAAUCUUCUGAGACACGCCGCCUGCAAGUCAAAUCUGUCAGAAUUUGAUGAUGUACAAGGACAUGAUGGAUUUGACAAGCAAGGCACUCGUUUCAAGCGUUUGAUCAAGGAUUACAACUUUGAUUCUACCCGGGAGGAGAGUGUGCGGCGUAUGAUUCUUUGUUCUGGAAAGGUCUACUACGAACUUGACGAUGAGCGACAAAGAUCACAGUUGAAGGAUCUGGCUAUCUGCCGAGUCGAACAACUUUGUCCCUUUCCGUGGGAUCUGAUCUUGAGGGAAAUCAACCGAUAUCCUAAUGCCGAGGUUGUCUGGUGUCAAGAGGAGCCCAUGAAUAUGGGUGCGUACUCAUACAUUGCCCCACGAUUGGCUACCGCACUACGAUCAGCAGGGCGUGGUUCCUUCGAGGACAUCAAGUACGUGGGUCGUCCACCAUCAGCUGCCACCGCAACUGGGUUUGGAAGCAUGCAUGUCGAAGAGCAAAAGGAGCUUUUACACAAAGCUCUGCAAGAAGCACCCAUCAUCAACGGACUCUCUAAAGCCCAUUCGCCAUUGAGUGCCUAAAAUGCACACAUUCUAUCUGAUAAAUAGUCAUACAUAUUAUCAGCUAGUUUGCCGGGUUUGAAAAAAAUGGCGAGACCGAGAGUUUUGAUCUUUUUACAGCACCAAGCGGAUGUAUGCACGCAUUUACUGGUCAAACGAUCUGUAGUCACCGCAUACUAGUGAGCUUUAGAUAGUAGGGGUGUCCUUGAUUCGUACCCAAGCUGCUAAUUGAAUUGUCCGCUUGCGAUCCUGGGCCCAGGUAUAAGAUAUUAUACCUGGCGUUAACUGCAUAGCCAUUUGCUGUUACACUGAGAAUACGUGUAGAUUAUACCGAGUUAUGUACAUUUGUCUUUCAUUCAUUACGUAGUGGCAACACCAGUUGUGUAACUGGGCAUCUUGACUUUCGGAGUUCAGCCUUGGCAGUCUUGAUUACGAUUCUUUGAAAUCAACUCAAAAAAGUCCAUAUUACAGAUUGCAAAAGCCCUGAGCUUGACAUAUAUUACG